AUGGCGUACAGCGCGAGUGUUCCGAAGUUCACCUGCGUGGUAUUCCAAAAUGGAACCAAUGUUACGUCAUCCGAUACGUGUAAUGUCAACGGGACAGUGUGUGACAUUAUAGAAUUCGACACCAGCAUGCGCACGAUCGUCAGUGAGUGGGGUCUCGUCUGUGACCGGCGGUGGAUAUCGCAGACGAUCACCACCAUCCAGAUGUCGGGCAUGCUGGUGGGCGGGAUCUUCUGGGGUCACGUAUGCGACGGGAUAGGCAGGAAGCCAACUUUCUUUCUGAACGUUCUAGCACUUGGAAUGGCCAAUCUCAUCUCUUACUUUUCGGUGAACUGGCAAAUGUUUGCUAGCAUGAGGUUCAUCAUUGGUCUCGGCUGUGCGGGGUUUACGACAUCACCGCUAAUGUUUGAGUACAUUCAGAAUAGAUGGCGCGUCUUCCUCCUCCUCAUUCCAAGCUUUGAUUUGUGGGCAAGUGUCAUGGCGGCAUUCUGCUACUGGUCACGUGACUGGAAAAUGCUCAAUAUUUCCAUCGCGGUGGCCUCUGGGUUGGCGAUGUUUGGCUGGUUCUAUUUUGUUGAAAGCUUCCGGUGGCUCGUUUCAAACGGAAAAGUACAUUUAGCGCAAGAAACAAUCAGAAAGGUUGCACGUGUAAAUCGCAGGCCGGAACCUAAUCUCACGAAGCUUUCUGUUGUCAUCGAAAAAGAGCAGAAGGAAGCCGAACUGACGAAAUCACUAAGGGUUUAUUCCGCAUUAGAUUUGUUUCGAACGCGCCAAAUACGGAAGACAACACUUUUGUUCGCUUUUAUAUGGCUGUUCUCUGCCUACAGUUACUACGGUAUCGCUCUCGGGGUGCAAGAGCUGUCUGGGGACUUCUUCCUUAAUCUCUUUCUCGUCAACGUCAUCGACAUACCCGGCAACUAUGUUGCGGUCCUCUUCAACACCUGGGGAGGUCGGAAGUGGACGUGCACCGGCUUCUAUGCAUUGGGAGGCGUGUUUGCGUUGCUCGUUGGAAUAUUCAAAUUCCUUAACCUGUCCAUUUCCGGCACGGCACUUGAUGCGCUCGCACUAAGCGCCAAGCUGUGUGUGAGCGCUGCGUGGAAUAUCAACACGCUUUGGUCUCAAGAGUCCUUUCCGACGGUCGUCAGAUUUAUUGGCGGAGGGUUCAUCAGCUCCGUCUCCAGAGUGGGAUCGAUGGUGGCCCCACAGAUUAUAACGCUGAGUCGUGAUAUCAAAGGACUACUGUAUCUGGUUUGCGGCAUCGUCUGUCUAUUAUCCACUGGCAUGUGUGUAUUUCUGGACGAAACAAAGAACCGCGACCUUCCCGACAUGAUUCAGCGUCAUCAAACGCGCUCUGAUACGCGCAAAAACAUGAAGCACGCGCAGAAAUACUGACAUUUUUUUAAACGCACCAAUUUUUCUAGCCAUAAAAAUCCUGACAUUUGCCCCCAUAGUCACAAGGCCAAGAUAAGUAGGUAUUGUGUGAGAUUUGUAAAAAAAACAGUGUUGACCUUUUUACACUUAGAAAGUCGCAUAUGUACUAUAUACGCAGAUUAAAAUGAUUUUGUAUGCUAGCUUCUCUCAAAACCUUUUUACUUGCGUUUUAAGGGAUACAAAAAAAUGUUCAUCAAAGCAUUAAGUGGGCGGGGCGAUCAUCUUCAAGACAAGGUGUUAAUUGUGGCGCUUUAGAAUACAUCGAAAGCCUGAAGUACAAAACAAUGACGUUGUACA